ACUUUAAAAAUGAAACUUUAGUAAUAAGAUUUCAAAUACACCAGUGCUUUAAUAAUGACAUACAGUUGCUUUUAGCUGGAGCUAAUAGUUUUAACACAACAGAUCCAAUGGAUAUUGAUAGUUUUCGAUAUAUUGAUGAGUUUUAUACAGUACACUGGAAUAUAAAACUGAACAGAAACUCAUUAUAUUACCUAACAGUAUCAGCAAUUGGUACAUAUGGAACCAGUAGCUCUGAUUUAACAGAAAUAAGCAAAUAUAAUGUAAAGGAUAUAAUGAUAGAGAAGAGUGAGGGUAUUGUCUGUUUUGUUUGUGUUACUGAAAUGUUUAAUGAAUGUCAAGUAAUGAUAGCAUCAGUAGCAACAACACUGAUACCACAAUCAACACAAACUAAUGGAACAUGUUACUCAUUUACUGAUAAUGGAACAUACACUGUAUAUGCACAUGAUAUUGAGAAUGGACUAAUAAUACUGACACCAGCAGUAGUUAUACAAUAUACAGUGGACUGGAUUGAACCAUCAGGCACAGAAAACAUAGUUGAUGGGCCUGAAUCAUCAGGUAAAGAAACUGCUCCUACCUUGUCUACUUCAGCAUUAGUCAGCACUACCACUAUUAUUACCACUAAUAUUGAUAAUCAAAUCUCAAUAGGUCAAUCACUGAUCAUUAAUAUAGUACUUGGAAGCCUCCUUGGGCUAACAACAUGUGCUGUUUUCAUACUGAUAGUAAUAAUAAUACUCAAGAAAAGAGGUAAAACAAGGUCUGAAAACUUUAUGCAGCCUUGCACUCAACAAGAGACUGUUGAAAGUCCUGUUACCAUUAAGGAGGAUCCAUUUUACGAAAUGAUGAGUGAUGAAAUACCAAACACUACCAACAACUACUACUUUACUAGUACUAGCAGCAAUGUUGAUAUGAUAUAUGAGAUCCCAGAAACAGGACCACAAGUCUCAUCCCAUCCAUAUAGAGUUGGAUACCACUGACUGAUGCUUCAUAUACUUAUAAUAACAUAAAUACAUGUAGUUUAGAGUAUGUCAAAUGUCUAGGUAUAAAGUUUAAACUCAUUUAUUUUUCUUUCA